AUGUGUGAUGAUAGGCCAGAAGGAUGGUCAGCGCAGCAUGUUGCCCGAAACAGACAGCAUUAUAUGCGGCCAAGAUAUCUGCAGGAGUAUCUGCAAGCUGAGGAGGUCCAUCUUGCUGGAAUGAUUAUAUACAUAUAUGGAAUCCUUCCCGGGUCAGUCAACACAGCUUUAGAGGUAACGAGGGGAAAUCUCUUGUUCCGAGAUAAAUCUCAAAAUCACAACGCUUCAGGCCGCCAGCUGAAGUUAGAUGUGAUGGACAAGGCCAAGUCUGACGAUAUUGAACUUUAUCGACUUCUUUGGAGUUUGGGUGCUGUUUUGACCAGCAGAACCCUGAUCGGCCAAAUGUUAGCCGCGUUUGACGCAUGCCAUAUCCAACUAAGCCCAAUUCAAAUCUAG